UCCAUUCAUCUAAGAGGGGAGGGGAGAGAGACAUAGCCGGGGAGCAGAGAGGGAGCGCGGCUCGUAUGUGUCGGUGUGUUCGGUACAGGCUAUUAAAAGCAGGAUGAAAGGAGAAUUAAAGUAAAACACUUCAGAUUUACUUUCCCUUUGUCUGCAUGUUUUGACCACUUUUGAUGCCAAACGUGUGGAAGCUUAAUUUCAGUUGCGAGGAGACAGAAGGAGCUUUCUAAAAAUCCACUGACUUCUAUUCCGAAAGGUAGAAACACACAAGUGUUUUUGCCCAAGUGUUGGAAAUCUGCUUUGGACAUCGUUUUGUUGUGGGCUUUUUACGCACAAAGGCUGAAACCCGGCGCGUCUGGACGAGAUAAAGCACCGCAACUGGGCCACUUUCCACGGAGAGAUAAGAAGAAGUCCACAAAGUGACAAGCUGUCGACGAAUGAACAGAAAAACAUCUGUUUAUUGAUUUCCAAGACGAAAUCGGGAGGUUUAUAGUAAAGAUCGGGGAAGUUGAGUAUCUGUGGGCGCACUGUGGCGCACAAAUGGUGUUCCUGUGGGACGCAAAAUACGACCCAGCCCCCGGCCGGCGUUACACCCCCCCCUCCACCACCCUCGGCUCGGGGGGGAAGAUGGCCGAGGCCCUGCCCCUGGGCGCCCAGGAGGCCGGAGGUGGGGCCGCUCUGGUGGGCAAACUGCGCAUGGCCGACCGCGGCAUGGUGGAGGUGAUCUCAGAUCAUCCAGGUGAGCUGGUGAAGACAGACAGUCCCAACUUCCUCUGCUCUGUGCUGCCCACACACUGGAGGUGUAACAAGACCCUGCCCAUUGCUUUUAAGGUGGUUGCCCUGGGUGACAUUCCUGAUGGGACCCUGGUGACGGUGAUGGCGGGAAACGAUGAGAACUACUCAGCUGAGCUUCGAAAUGCCACAGCCGCCAUCAAGAACCAAGUGGCCAGAUUCAACGACCUGCGCUUUGUUGGCCGCAGUGGAAGAGGAAAGAGUUUUACUCUGACCAUCACAGUGUUCACCAACCCUCCUCAGGUGGCCACGUACCAGAGAGCCAUUAAAAUCACAGUGGACGGUCCUAGGGAGCCACGACGUCAUCGUCAGAAGAUGGAUGAGGUCAAACCCGGCACUCUGGCUUUCUCUGAGAGGCUAACGGAGCUGGAACAUCUGAGACGGAGCUCGAUGAGGGUGACACCUCCUCACCACCACCACCACCACCACCACCAUCAAACCUCCGCCAACGCCCGCCAGUCUGCAGCACUCAACUCUGCCACCUUCUCCAGCCCCACGCACACUCAGAUAACUGCUGAUUCCAGACAGAUGCAGUCGUCUCCAUCUUGGUCCUACGACCAAUCAUAUCCCUACCUUGGCCAAAUAACAACGCCCACCGUCCACACAGCCAAUCCCCUUUCGCCUGGCCGAUCCACGCUCAGUGACCUGUCCUCACGACUCACAGGUCCUGACCUCACAGCCUUCAGUGACCCCAGGAUGACUUUAGAACGACCUUUCACCUCCCUCCCCUCCUUGCCUGACUCUCGCUUUACCGACCCCAGGGUCCACUACCCUACCACGGCGGCCGCCUUCACCUACGCCCCCUCUCACAACCCCGUCUCCAACGGCACCCUUGGCAUCACCAUGGCGACGGCCAUGGCAACCACGCCGGCAGGGAGGUACCACACCUAUCUGCCUCCCCCCUACCCGGCGAACACCCCUCACCAGCCUCAGAACGGGCCCUUCCAGUCCACCUCCUCGCCAUAUCACCUGUACUACUCCACCGCCGCCGGGUCUUACCAGUUCUCCAUGAUGGCGGGGGGAGGAGGCAGUGACUCACGCUCCCCGCCGAGGAUCCUGCCGCCGUGCACCAACGCCUCCACGGGAUCCUCCCUCCUGCACCCCUCUUUGCCCAAUCAGAAUGAAGGAGUGGGUGUGGAGGUGGAGUCCAGCCACAGUAGCUCCCCGACAAACAUGGCAGCAGCUGAAGCUGUCUGGAGACCUUACUGAAGCAGCCAAGGUGGUAGAGGACACUGUGGGUGCACUCAUUUAAGGUGACUGCCUGGUCAUGUAAUGGCGCACACUGAAGACAAAACCCACCAAUCCAAAAUAAGAUAAGUGAACUACAGCCCGAAUCUCAGUGAAAGGAGGAAAGUCUGGUGUCAUUCUACAUUUUAUUCUCAAAAAAGACCCAAACCAGCAAUGUGUUGGUGUGUUUGUUCUACUGAAGAUGUGGAUCUUUAAAAAGACCUCUCAAAUAUAUAGUUUCAUUUUUAAAAAUGUCCUAAAACAUCUGGUCAGUGUAGUUUUCAUCAAAUGUUAAUUAAACAGGAGAAGGGCACUAUUAAUCCACAUUUGGUGAUCUAGUGAGUCUUUGUGACAGCAGGACGGUGUGUAGGUGUGAUUGAGCCAAAAUAAACUACAUCAUUUGGGUUCACAUUAAUGAGGGAACAUGUCACAUUGUGCAACAUCGAUGUGUUUUUAAUACUUUUUUGACAACAAUGGAGUUGGCUCAGAGGAAUAAGAUAUAUAUAUAUAUAUAUAUACACACAUUGUACUUGUUAGUAGUUACAUUUAUUGUUGGUUUUUGUCUGCACAUGGGACUUACUGACAAUAAAAUGACUUACAAACAUUAUUAUUAUUACAUAUUGGCCCUAAAUUUCCUUCUUGGACACACUGAGUCAAAGGGUACCAUCCAACUAUGGAUGCAGUUCCUACUAAUGUUCCUUUGAAUUGUUCAGUGAUUAUAGGUUUUCUCAUUUUUGGAUAAACACCACCCAGUAAUGUUCGUCAUUACUUGACCAGGAACCUGAUGAGUGCGCCCAGAUUAAAACUGUCUACUGACAAACAAUGUUGGCCAAUGAAAAACAAGUUGAAUGACUGACAGGUGCAUUAGUCAACAGGCAGCAGUGAGUGGACGUCCCUGUCUCACUCUCAGGACACAGAAAAGGACUCCAGAGAAAAACUUCUAUUAAAUGAAGGACAAACGGAGAGAAGCAGGAGAAUAUUUUGGUUUUACACUGACAAAGUGCAUGCAGCAGCACUGGACUGAUCUCAAUCCACCUUCCUUUGUAAAAUAACUGCUUCCUCAUAAAUGUUGUUGGUGUUGUGAAUAGAUGAUUUACUCAUGCCAAAAAUUGUCAUGGCCUGUUUGUGUUUACCUUCAUCUACCAUUGUUUCACUCCCCCAUGAUUUUACCACUCCUCGCAUUUCUCUUCUCGGUUGCCAUUUUUUAGAAAAACUAAGCCCUAAAAUAAAAAAAACAAAUGUUUUUAUGGCCCCUGAGGAAUAUUUCGACAAAAAGUCACCUCUAACGUUGACCUCACUGCAGACUGCAUUCUUAUCCUCAUCUAUCAAAAUGAUUAAAACAUCUUCAUUUUACAAUGGUUGAGCCGGUCAAUUGAUUAUAGACUGGAUUCUAAUGAAACAUUUUGCUCAGAUUUCUAUAUUAACACAGAAGAAAAUGUUUAUAGUGAGGUCUAAAUUACACAGAAUAUUGGUUUUGAGAUGAAAUCUAAAUAUUGUCUACCAUCAGCAGCUUUACUCUAUGAUGAUUUAUUCCCCUCUCUUUUGAAUUUUGACUCAUUUUCUCACCCCACUGAGACAAAUUAGAGCAUGGAGUUUUGUUAAAUACUUUAAUUUAUUCCUACAAUACCAUUUUUGGUAGCAUUUCACUUGUAUGUGUGUGUGUGUGUGUGUGUGUGUGUGUGUGUGUGUGUGUGUGUGUGUGUGUGUGUGUGUGAGUGUGUGUCACAUUUACCCGUGAUCCACUGUCGAUUUGUACUGUAUAUAUCCGUGGCUGUAAAUGACACCUGCAUUUGAUCAUGUUUUCAUCACCGUUCUCUCUCUCUCUCUCUCUCUCUCUCUCUCUCUCUCUCUCUCUCUCUCUCUCUCUCUUUCUCUCACACACACACACACACACCAGGUUUGUUUUGACAAUGUUGAUUGUGCACAUUUGGUUUUGAUUUACAUAAAUAUUAUUGUGAAGAAAGUA